CUCUCUUCCAGGACACAUUUCAGCUCUCAGAGGCAGACUGCCCCCACUGGAGCAAGUGCGGUCGAACCACGUGAACGGCACGAGCGGGACGCACCGCCAGGAGACUUAAAGUUUGACCGAUUACCGAACUUUCUGGAGAUGGACAUUACAGCGAAAAUGGAAAUUAACGUCAGUGAGCAGCAGCUGAUUCCUUCUUCCUGCUACUUUUCGGCGCAGAGCAUCCAGCUGAGCCCCAGCAGCGGGAGCAGCAGCAGCGGGAAGUCCAAGCAGCCCAAGCGCCAGCGCUCCUCUUCACCGGAGCUGCUGCGCUGCAAGCGGCGGCUGAACUUCGCGGGGUUCGGCUACACGCUCCCGCAACAGCAGCCGCACGCGGUGGCGCGCAGGAACGAGCGGGAGCGCAACAGGGUAAAGCUGGUCAACAACGGCUUCGCCACGCUGAGGGAGCACGUCCCGAACGGCGCCGCCAACAAGAAGAUGAGCAAAGUGGAGACGCUGCGCUCCGCGGUGGAGUACAUCCGCGCCUUGCAGCAGCUUCUGGACGAGCACGACGCGGUGAGCGCGGCCUUCCAGUCCGGCGUCCUGUCGCCCAGCAUGUCGCAGGGAUACUCUGCGGACAUGAACUCCAUGGCAGGGUCACCCAUGUCCUCCUAUUCAUCCGAUGAGGGCUCCUAUGACCCGCUGAGUCCGGAGGAGCAGGAGCUGCUGGACUUCACCAACUGGUUCUGAGCAUCUCUGAGAAUUACGGAUCAACUCAUCCUGCUGUUGUCCGGUGCUAGGGAUGGCCCCUGGAGGAGAACAAGAUGCGCUGUUUAAAUCCUGCGUCCUCACAGACUGACUGAAAAGUCCGCAAAGUCCUGAGAACUUUGCAAAAAAGCGCCAAAGGAUUGAAGGAGACAGUGUGGGAAAACCUCAGUUCCUGUGCAUCUAAUAAAAAAAAAAGACCCUAACGUGAAUUCAUGCUCUUCAGAAAACAAAAACAUUAUUUAAUACGCCGCUCUUCAUCUAUGCUAAUCCAAUCACAUCAAGCCUUUUUUGGUUAAACUCUUAGAAGCUGAAUUGAGUUCAAAUGCUUCCAAGUCGUGGAUUUAUUCUAUUAAAUUCUAUAUCAGACGUUUUGGGAAUAUAUUAAGAUAUUUUUGUAUGUAAGAGAUUAAUAGAUGUUUUGUACACAUCAUUUUUGUAUAUAUUUUGUCUAUAUAUUGCGAAGUUAUUUCUAAUACCUCCUGCCAACGUUGACGUGGUCUAUUAUUCUCUGGCUCUUCUGUUCACGAGGUUUCCAGCAGGGGUUUGACACUCCGAUGUUUUUUAUUAUAUAGCACCAAUGUGUCUUAUUUAACAGCAAAACCAUGUUAUUGCAUUAUAUCAUGUCACGAUGAUCAAACUUAUGCAGCUAUUGUCCAAAAAGAGAGUGCAAUAGCCAUGCAUUGUGUCUUUAUACUGCCAGCUCUUUAUUUUCUAUUCACAAGCAGAUGUUAAAUAAUUGUUAUAUCCAUAUUUUCUACAAUCUAGUCCAUUAAUAAAGAGAUUUACUGAA